AUGUAUGGAAUAAACCAGCGCUGUAUUUACAUAUCAUUUCAUUUUUUCGUGCUGUGGUGCCAUGCUCAGGGGGAGAAUCACCCGUCUCCUAAUUUUAAGCAGUAUGUGAGGACGCAGGGCGCAGUGACGGACCAGCUGAGCCGCAGACAGAUCAGGGUGUACCAGCUCUACAGCCGCACCAGCGGGAAACACGUCCAGAUUCAGGGCAAACGGGUCACCGCUACCGCUGAGGAUGGAAACAUGUACGCUCGCCUGUUUGUCGAGACGGACACGUUUGGCAGUCGCGUGAGGAUAAGAGGAGCAGAAAGUGGGCGCUACCUCUGCAUGAACCGGAAGGGUAAACUUGUUGGAAAGCCCAAUGGUCGGAGCAGGGAUUGUAUCUUCACAGAGAUAGUGCUGGAGAACAAUUACACGGCGUUCCAGAAUGCCAAGUAUGAGGGCUGGUAUGUGGCCUUCACCAGGAAAGGGAGGCCCAUCAAAGCCUCCAGGACGAGGCAGAACCAGAGAGAGGUCCAUUUCAUCAAGAGGCUACACACGGGCCCCCCUCCCUUCCCCAACACCAACCAAAGCAAACACUUUGAGUUCAUCCGAUUUCCGUCCACACGUCGAGCAAAGCGGAACAGGAAAUCACAUACCUCUUCCUAA